AGUCUGUCGACGUCCUGCGCGGGAGCGGAAAACGUGCAUCCGACUGUGGGGAGAAGGAGCGUUGUGUUUUCCUGAUUAAUAAUACGUUCAACAUGACUCGAGAUUGGAAACCUGGUGAUCUGAUCUUUGCAAAGAUGAAGGGCUAUCCACACUGGCCUGCACGAAUUGAUGAAGUCCCAGACGGCGCUGUGAAGCCAUCCAAUAUCAAGUUCCCCAUCUUCUUCUUUGGCACCCAUGAAACAGCGUUUCUGGGCCCAAAAGAUAUCUUUCCGUACCAGCCCAACAAAGAGAAAUAUGCCAAGCCCAACAAGAGGAAAGGCUUCAACGAAGGAUUGUGGGAGAUUGAGAACAACCCAAAAGUUGAGCUCACUGCACCAAAGCCGGUCCCCCCUGAAUCUUUCCCUGAAAAAGAUUCGGACAGCAGCCCAGAAGUCGAGGAGGAAGCAGAUAACAAGGGAUUAAAACCCAAAGUUCCAGGAAGUGAGGCUGAGAAGGAGAAUGAGAGUGUGGAGGAGGAGGAGGAGGAGGAGGAGGAGGAGGAGGAAGGGUCUCUGAUGUCUGAGCAGGGUCCUCAGAACCAGGAUGGCUCAGCACAGAAAGAAUCCACAGAUGCUCCUAAAACUAAGAGAGGAAGAAAGAAAAAGAGUGAUGCUGAGCAGGAGGCUGAAAAACAAGAUGCUCCUGCGAGUCCUGUUAGUCCCUCAGGUGCAGAGGGUCCUAAACGAAGAGGCAGGAAGCCCAAAAGUGAGAAGUUACUGUUGCUCCAGCAGCAGGAACAGCAAGGCUCAGGAAAUGAAAUGGACACUGCUGAGUCAGAGAGAAAGAGAAAAAGGGCAGCAGAGGACAAGUCCAAAGGCGGAGAGGAGGAGAAGAGGAAGAAGGAGGACAGCAAAGGAAAGGAUGCAGAGGGAAAGGAGCCUGAAGCCAAGAAGAAGAAGAAGGACGAAGGCUCCUCAGGCUCUGACGAUGAAGAGAAAAACAAAGGCAGAAAGAAACACCAAAACUCAGAAGUGGACAAAGAUGUGAGACGGCGGAAAGCAGAUGAAUUGAGAGAGUCAAACAAAGACGACGGGAAAAAAAAUGAAGAGAGGACAGGGGUCAAGAAGAAGGAAAUUUCAACUGACGUGAAGCUCCAGAGACUCCACAGUGAAAUCAAGAUUUCACUGAAAAUUGACAACCCUGAUGUGAAGAAGUGCUUGGAUGCAUUAGAUGAGAUUGGUGCCCUUCAAGUGACGACGCAGCACCUUCAGAAACACAGCGAACUCAUUGCUACGCUCAAAAAGAUUCGGAGAUUCAAGGCCAGCCAGGACAUCAUGGACAAGGCCACCAUGUUGUAUAACAAGUUUAAGAGUAUGUUUCUGGUCGGAGAGGGCGACUGUGUGCUCAGCCAGGUGCUUAACAAGUCUUUAGCUGAACAACGGCAGCACGAGGAGGCGAAGAAAGGAGCACUGAAGAGAGUGGAACAAGUCAAGGAAAACAACCCAGACAAGAUGACAAAUGGUGAUACCAGCCCUGAGGAGAAGAGGCAGGAGACCGAGAGGGAGAAGCUUCCUGAGGACACAUCAGUGGGAGAAAAUCACAGUGCCCCAAAAGCUCAGGAAGAGUCAACCUGAGCAUCUGACAUACCUGAAGAAAAGAGAAGACGUUUGCUGCUGUUCUCGUGUCCAAACUGGGCUGACUGACUGUCCAGUUCCUUUGAUGACUGAUCAUGAUGACUGGUUUCCAGUUUACCCACUGUUUCUGUCAGUGAUGCUGCUUAAAGGUUUCAGUACAUCAAACCCAUCCUCUCCCAAGACGAAGACUGACUGCAUAUUUUAUUUUUUUUAACUUUAUGUCACACCUGUUGAGUUUAAUUAAUAUCUGUAAAAACUAAGAACUCGUAGCAGCACCUUAAACUUCAGGCAUGCUCACAGAGACGAGGUUAGCACCAUUUGGUCCCAAUACUAAUGUGGAGUAGAUGAUUUUGAUUGUACUCUUGAUUAUUUCAUUCUGCAUUUAAGUAGUUUUUCAUCAUUACAGAUUGAUCUAAACGUCACUUACGGAUUAUGUGGAGUACAGAGGUUUAGCUGCAUGUAGAAGCACCAUUACUGAGUCUAAUAGUAUCUGCCUCAUUAACACUUUAAAGAUUCACAAACAGAAAAUUUGCCAAAUUUUCUCUGUGUUCCCGUGUCUGUUUUUAAAACAUUCUGUUUUUAACAUAGAUGUAAAUAAGAGUAUUUUUGUGCCUGUCUGAUGACCUGUUUCAGCAUCCAAUAAUAAAGUA